AUGUAUCAUCAUCCUGGUCAAUUUGUUCCUGCUAGCACAAACACCAUUUAUCAAACCAUCCAACCAACCGCCAAUAACAAUACAAACAUGCUGAUUUCUCCUCAACCUUUCGAAGUACAACAACAACAUGUAAAGGUUUACAUCUUUGAAAAGAAGAAGGAGGAAAUUACCUCUUGCUUGGAAGAGAAGGAUGCUCGCACGAUCCGAAGAAAUAUUGUGAGUCUUGCAAAAUUCGGUUACAACGAAUUGAUUCAAUACAUCACUGAAAAGUGUGGAGUCAGUGCUAAGAAGGCUAUCAUUCGUUACCUUGAUGAUGAAAAUCAAUGGGUUGAUGUGUCCAGCGAGGAAGAAUGGAAAUUCGCCAUUCAAACUUUCCAAUCUGCGCGAAAGAUGAGCCACAAUCGUCCAGUGCUCAAAUUAGCAGUUAUUCAAAUCAAGUCACAGGAGGAACCAGCAAAGACUUCAGAACCUCAACAAGAAUGUCCAUUCAGACGCUGUCACAGAUGGAGAAGAGGAAAUUGUCCAUUCAAGCAACAACAACACCGUAGAUGUCCUUAUCUUUUCAGAAAGGAUGAAAAUACUGGUGAUGCUGUGUUGGAAUUGGACGUUGACGUUAACGACUUGAAGAGUGGUAACAUUUUGAAGCAUUUGGACAAGGUUCAAAUGCCACAUUAUGGUGUCACUUGUGAUGGAUGUGGAGAGUAUGCUUUCGUUGGAAGAAGAUUUAAGUGUGACCAAUGUCCAGAUUUCGAUUUCUGUGAAAAGUGUUACGAGACUGAAAGAGCCAACCACUAUGGUGGACACCACACUUUCACUGAGAGAUUUGCCCCAGGCAGAAGAUGGCUUGAUCGUUUGUUCGAAGGACAACAAGAGAGCAAUAGCAAUAGCACUCCUGAAGAAGAGACAAUUGUUGACAAUCAACUGUAUGAAAAGACUGAGGAGCAACCUGAAGUAGUUGCUGAAGAGCAACCAGUGUCUGUUGAAUCAGUUGUUGUCGAACAGGAACCAGUUGCUGAGGAACCUAAAGUGAUUGAACAACCUCCAGUUGUCCAACAACAAGUUCCAGUUUCUCAAAUGCCACACCCUUUAAAUCCUGUCUUAAUUCAAUCACCAGCUGAACCAGAGCAACAACCAACUGUUGUUCCUUAUAGCACUGAAUUGAUUUUGUUGAAGGAAAUGGGGUUCUUUGACGAACGUCGUUGCCUUGAAUUGCUAAAGAAGUACAAUGGUGACAUUCAACGAGUAAUUGUUGAUUUAUUGCAUAACUAA